UCUCUCUUCUUCACUUUGCCUCUGUUUGAAGCAAGUGAUGGAGCUUGAUGGCGUCGUUUCUCGGCCGAGGAUGUUGGAAAACAUUAACGGCUUUGAUCUGUCACCGGAUGAAUCCGAAGAGGUUCACGUUCUUGCCGUCGAUGACAGCCUCGUUGAUCGCAAGGUCAUUGAGCACCUGCUCAAAGUCUUAGCUUGUAAAGUUACUGCUGUUGACAGUGGACUAAGAGCGCUCCAAUUCCUUGGACUAUUGGACGAACAAAAAAUGCACACUGAAUCAAAUGGUUUUGUUCAGCGUUUAAAGGUGGAUCUAAUCAUCACAGACUACUGUAUGCCCGGAAUGACCGGUUAUGAGCUGCUCAAGAAAAUCAAGGAAUCGUCCACGUUCAGAGAAAUUCCCGUUGUGAUUAUGUCCUCUGAAAACAUUUUGCCGCGCAUAGACAGAUGUUUGGAAGAGGGUGCAGAGGAUUUCAUAGUGAAGCCAGUGAAGUUAUCUGACGUGAAACGUUUGAAGGAUUACAUGACAACGAAGGAGAUUAGGGGUGGAAGCCAAGAAAACAGAGUGGGUGGUGGCAUCAACAAAAGGAAGCUACCACAAGGAACUUCUGACGUGUCAUCAUCACCACCGUCCAGUCCCUCAUCGACACUUUCAUCUUCUCCCUCAGUGAUUGAUUCUCCAAUCAGACGGAUCAAAAUGACCAGCACUGAUUGA